AUGGUGACACCAUCACACUUCCCCCUUGCAAAACGCUCCCUCGACAGCCUUGGGCUGCGAAGACGAUAUGAGUCUCCUCCACGGCAGUUCUUUCGCCCUGAACUUCGAGCUAGAGCUUCAAGUAGCUCAGCGCUGGCCCAACGCGCUGGCUCUAUGAGGUUUGCAACGGCAGUACCGGAAUCCUACAUCAAGAUGACUAGAAAGCCACCUAAGAAACGCAACAAUAGGAAGAAGAAUAACAAAAAGAAGCAGAAGGGUGGGCGCUCUAAGAACGCGGCAAUCGAGGAUCUACCGUUGUCGAAACGCUGGGCUUUAGCUGCGGCGAAUGCGUUUCGUCCGUCAAGCAAGAGUGAUGCAAAGCAGAUUCAGUCUAGAAAGCUUCGCCGUGUUGUAAAAAGAGCUGAUCUAUCGCCCAAAAUUUCUCGUCCAGUUCCAGCACAGGCAUUUGCUACCCCUCCGAAGAGAAAGUCGAGUCUGCACGCGGGCGCGAAGACGCGUGCUGCCUCGACUGGCAACAAUGACCCCCUUAUUGAAAAACCUCUUCCAAGCACUCCAGGGCCAAAAGUUCUAGAUAUCCCAGACAUCGAAGAGGAGCGUCCACGUAGUUCGAAGAGUACCAUUGGGGCAGAAGACACUCCUGUUCGUCAAAAUAAAGUGGGAAGACCUGAAGCGUCAGAGAGGUGGCCGGUUUUAUCCCCAUGGAAACCACCUCACUCGUGGGAGUCCAAUUAUUGUCGCGUUGAAGAGAGAAAGGAAUCUCAACAGCCUUCCUCACAACCCAACGAUGGUGUAGCACCUUCGACACCAACGGAAGUUCCUCCCCCUCUGCCGCCAUCAAAGCCAUCGACUCCCCCAAGGGGUACUACUCUACGGCAUAGUCGUCUGCGAAUCGCGUCAAACUGGGCUGCCAACAAUUCUCAUCUCGAUACUAUUUAUCAAGCAGUGGAGCCAAAUGAUCCAGUGGAGAUGGCGUCUCAAAACGAGCAUUCAGAACUUUUACCAAACAUGAUCCCGUCAGGAAACAAUAAGGCAGUAACACAACCACUGGAGGUAAACAGUGAAUCGAACCGCGUAAACCAAGCUGUGGGGAACAAUGAUAAUACCACCUUUAAACCCAAUCCAUUUCGGAACCGUUAUCGAACUGUCUCGUCGCCCCAACAUUCUUCACAACAGCAGCCGCAGAGUGACUUACGGGAAUUUUCUUUCGAAUUCAGCACCGAUUGCCAGAAUCCCGGGCCCACCAAUAAUCAGAAACAGGCAGGUGCUCAUAUGAUGGAUGACAAGGAAGUGUCGAAUAGUUACACCACUCCUCGCAACGAAAAUGCAGCGUCGAAAAUUCCCCGUGCCUCGCCAAAGGUAUUGACUCCUCCUUCUACUGGUGAAGUUAACAGAUUGAAGAAAAUUGCAUCUCCCCGCCGACGCAGUUCUAUCCCUAUCCCAAGUCGGAUGGUACAUGGACGGGACAAGGUUGAUGUUAGCGCGCUACAUGCUAGUCCUCCAUUAAAAACUACUCGCAACUCUAGUUCCGCUUACACCAGUACAAUCUACGAAGACGAAACUCCUGGAGGACAAAAAGAAUUGGGGUCUCAGAAAACUAUUGAUAGUAUUGAUCCCAACGACACAGGCCACAUGGGACUGCAUGGGAAUGAUUCUACCCCUCCAACGAGCCUGCCCGAGGGGUACAGAUCAAAAGAGUUGGCUGCAGCAGGUCGUUCUGGCCCUCAGCUCCGCAUCUCCCCAGAGGCAGACAAAGUUAUUAUGGGGAAUAUGACUGACGCACUUGAAGACUCGUCCCAAAAAUCUACUAGAAAUCGCGCCAACCGCCACUCAAGCUCGAAGAGACUCUCGGGGGAUAGUAUUUUUGGCAGCUUCACCCCCAAGUAUCUCAUGCAUUCGCAGUCUAACAGCUCCUUGAAUCCUUCCACUUCUUCACCUAUGGAGGGCAAGGUAGCAGUUGCAAGAGACAAGAAACUCAAGAAGGCUAGAAGCACAGACGCUACCUACGCCAAGAUGCCAAAGAACGAACACAUGAAGAAGUUCGGCACAAAUCCUUUCUACGAUGAUGGGAUUGCAGGACGCGUGCCAUUACCUGGAAUGUUCAACGAGAGAUACCCAUUCUUGAAUAGUAGCAGCCCGGACCCACCCCGUUAUUCAGAAGCAGAUGCGACCAGCCAGGGUUACAAGGCGCUGCCAUCGUCCCCGCUUGCUGAGAGCACAACCCUCAUCGACGACAAUGAUGUCGUAUAUUCCCAGCCUGGAUCUCAUCAGAAGUAUGUAGUCCCGAGCCCCCUGGACUCCCAUACCUCUGCGGACCAAUUCCACAAUAAAAAAGAGAAUGAACCCUUCAGCGAACGUGACGCUUCCUCUACUUCCCGCCACCGCAGUGCUUCGCAGCGUUUACUUCAUCGUUCAUCUCGCCAUUGCAUGUCUGAACAUGGAAGCCACGGUAAAUCGAAAUUGAACAAUGUAGCUACCUCGAACCCUUCUACCGAGUUAGUACAAAGGGAUACAUUUGAGAUUCCCCGUAGGAAGCAUCGAGAGAGCUCAGCAAAGCACCGCUCCGCUUCGACAAGCCUCGACUACCCCAAGGCUAAGGAGUCUUCUACAAGGGCUGGUGGCGUGUUGUCUAACUUCCGUGGUCUCUUCACGAAACAGAAGAACGACUCGAUCACCGCAAGUGCAAAUUCAGGAGCAGGUGCAUCCAGUUCAACCACUGCCAAGCGCAAGGAUCUCGAGCGCGUCAAAGCUGCGAAUAGCGGGAAAUUGAGUACCGGAAGCCCCAUGGAGCGCUCUUUCAGCCGUCGUGCCCGGGGGAUCUCCCGUGCCGACAAACGUGGCGAGGACAACCGGGGCACCUCUUCUCGUGACAGUAAUGUGGAUCAGUCCCGCCCAGCAUCUGACGCCCUUACGGUCACCUCGCAGAUGGCGGACUCACCGGCGCUCUCUGGGAUUAGUAAUGUUAGUGCUCUGUGUAUGAAUGUACUGAAUUCAGCUCGUGAUGAACCAAAUGGCGCCAAAAAAGAGAAGUUUCUCCAGCUUGGCAAAAUUCUCGUUGAGGUUGUUAACCACUCGAAUGAUGCUGAACGUGCCAUGUUGGCUGCUGUACAGGCUGCAAAGGAGUCUGAAAUCGCCUGCGCUCUCGCCAAGGAAAAUGCCUUGAGAAUUGCCCAAGUUGCUCAAGACUGGAUUAACUGCAGUAGUAGCGAUAACACAAGCCUACGCUAAGUCACAUUCGCAAUUUUUCUGCGUGUGUGUUUCGAGGCCAGCCUUUCCAUUGUCCAAGCCUGCUGAGUGCCCGAGAGCUAUCAGGAGCUAGCAAGUUCUCAUGGGAGCAUAUGACCUGUAUAAAAUAUUGAUGUGAUGAAGUUAUUACUUCUCUAUUUCUCAUUGUCUGAUUCUUAUUUUUCUUGUGUGUGAUCAAAUGUCUUGACAAUGCUAAGUUUACUUUUUUUUUUUCUUUUUUUCUUUUUUUUCUUUUUUUCUUUUUUUUCUUUUUUGUCACAGGACUGAUGCUGUUAUCAAUUUUCCCUUUCAUUUUUUUCGUCUCUACAUUUUCGUCUCGACCUCUGGCCCCAUCUUUCCCCAUUCUUCUCAUUUCUAUGUUUUGAUCUCCUCCAAUUAACACGACAAGAAGCAAGAUAAUUUACUGUUCUCAGAUAAGAUAGAAUAGAAAAGUAUCUUGCUUAUUACUGCCUUUUUUCAUUGUUCAAUUUUGUCAUAUAUUUUCCUUAAUGGGCCGGAGCCACUGAGGCAUGGAUCAUGCCAUCCUGCAUUGUACUCCUGUCUGCUGAGUUCUUCAGUUAUGCAGUUCCCCAUCAGAUAUCUGGCAUUUGAGUUCUGAUAUGAUCUUCAUCUGGCAAAUCUCAUAUCAUCUACCUUCAGAUAUUUGGGUAGCGAGUUUGCCUAGUCUACUACAGUGGACUCGCCAAAAUACAUCCUCUUUUCUAUCAAGGGGAUUUUUUUCUGUGGUUUUACUUUCACGCUAAAUAACUAAAUAUCGCGACGAUGCCCCGUUCAUCUGCUACGGCUUUUGCCUAUGAUUUCUGAUUCUCAAGCCCGCUCAACAUGAAUGCGAUGCUAGCUCGAAAGUGAUCGCUAGCCAAGUUCAAUGAAAUACGAUUUUUUUC